CGCGCCGGCGUCCCCGCGUCGUCCCCAGCGCCCGCCAGCCCGGCCCGCGCCAGCCAGCAUUUAAAAAUACUGUGCUGCCUCCUUCUGCCUGCUGUGGUGUCUGAAGAGAGACCUGCUGCCAUUUGUUCUUCAGAACACCGGAGGCAAGGACUUUUGCUGGAGUGAAAUGGAGGCCUCGGUGAUAUUGCCCAUCCUGAAGAAAAAGCUGGCCUUUCUUUCAGGAGGAAAGGACAGGCGCAGUGGACUCAUCCUGACCAUUCCAUUAUGCCUGGAGCAGACAAAUAUGGAUGAGCUGAGUGUCACUCUGGACUAUCUACUCAGCAUUCCAAGUGAGAAGUGUAAGGCCCGAGGAUUUACCGUGAUCGUGGAUGGCAGAAAGUCUCAGUGGAAUGUGGUGAAGACAGUGGUCUUAAUGCUGCAGAAUGUUGUUCCAGCUGAGGUAUCCCUUGUAUGUGUAGUGAAGCCAGAUGAAUUCUGGGAUAAGAAAGUAACACACUUUUGUUUUUGGAAAGAAAAGGAUAGACUUGGCUUUGAGGUUAUUUUAGUGUCUGCCAAUAAGCUGACUCGUUACAUAGAGCCAUGCCAGCUGACCGAAGACUUUGGUGGGAGUCUUACCUACGAUCACAUGGACUGGCUAAAUAAGAGGCUGGUCUUUGAGAAGUUUACAAAGGAGUCUACAUCAUUACUAGAUGAACUUGCUCUGAUUAACAAUGGAAGUGACAAGGGGAAUGAGCAGGAGAAAGAAAGGUCUGUGGAUUUAAACUUUCUUCCGUCUGUUGAUCCUGAGACAGUCCUUCAGACAGGGCAUGAGUUGUUAUCUGAAUUACAGCAGCGUCGGUUUAACGGCUCUGAUGGAGGGGUCUCGUGGUCUCCUAUGGAUGAUGAGCUGCUCGCACAGCCACAGGUUAUGAAGUUGUUAGAUUCACUCCGGGAGCAGUACACGCGCUACCAGGAAGUCUGCAGGCAGCGCAGUAAGCGCACACAGUUAGAGGAGAUCCAGCAGAAGGUGAUGCAGGUUGUGAACUGGCUGGAAGGGCCUGGAUCUGAACAGCUGAGAGCGCAGUGGGGCAUUGGUGACUCCAUCAGGGCUUCCCAGGCCCUGCAACAAAAGCAUGAGGAGAUCGAGAGCCAGCACAGUGAGUGGUUUGCAGUAUAUGUGGAACUUAACCAGCAGAUUGCAGCACUCUUGAAUGCUGGGGACGAGGAAGAUCUUGUGGAGUUGAAGUCUCUACAGCAACAGCUUAGCGAUGUUUGCUACCGACAGGCCAGUCAGCUAGAGUUCAGGCAAAAUCUCCUACAGGCAGCUUUGGAAUUUCAUGGUGUGGCCCAAGAUUUAUCUCAGCAGUUGGAUGGCUUAUUAGGUAUGUUGUGCGUAGACGUAGCACCAGCUGAUGGAGCAUCGAUUCAGCAAACUUUAAAACUGCUUGAAGAGAAGCUGAAAAGUGUUGAUGUGGGAUUGCAAGGCUUACGGGAAAAAGGUCAAGGUCUCCUGGAUCAGAUCUCCAAUCAGGCUUCCUGGGCCUAUGGAAAGGAUGUAACUAUUGAAAAUAAAGAAAACGUGGACCACAUACAAGGGGUGAUGGAAGAUAUGCAGCUUCGAAAACAAAGAUGUGAGGACAUGGUAGAUGUGCGGAGGCUGAAGAUGCUUCAGAUGGUGCAGUUGUUUAAAUGUGAAGAGGAUGCUUCCCAGGCAGUAGAGUGGUUAAGUGAACUUCUGGAUGCCCUGCUGAAGACCCAUAUCAGAUUGGGCGAUGAUGCUCAGGAAACGAAGGUUUUACUGGAAAAACAUCGAAAAUUUGUUGAUGUUGCACAGAGUACUUACGACUAUGGCAGACAGUUGCUGCAGGCCACGGUCGUUCUGUGCCAAUCUUUGCGCUGUACUUCCCGGUCCUCAGGGGACACACUUCCUCGACUGAACAGAGUGUGGAAGCAGUUCACAGUAGCAUCUGAAGAGAGGGUGCAUAGGUUGGAAAUGGCUAUUGCCUUUCACUCAAAUGCUGAAAAGAUUUUGCAAGACUGUCCAGAAGAGCCUGAAGCAAUUAAUGAUGAGGAACAGUUUGAGGAAAUUGAAGCUGUUGGGAAAUCACUUUUGGAUAGACUCACUGUCCCUGUGAUUUACCCCGAUGGAACUGAACAAUAUUUUGGGAGUCCAAGCGACAUGGCUUCUACUGCAGAACACAUCAGAGACAGAAUGAAACUGGUCAGUCUCAAAAGGCAGCAGCUGAGACAUCCCGAAAUGGUGACCUCGGAAAGCUAAUGUCCUCAGCUCCCACAGAUCUGCAGGUCAUAUGCCCACACAUCUUUGCUGUUGGCAUACUGCUGUGUUAGCCACAGCUCACUAAGAUGAAUUUCCCAGCAGAAUAAGCCUCCUUUCUUCCUACAACACGUCUCUAAAUGCUAACACCUCUCAGCUACCGAGGCAUAAUCACAUAACAUGCUUUGAUGCUAUAGACUCCAGCUAUCUUAGAAGAAGGAACUGUAAACACUGCGCUGAGUCCAUGCUUUCACGCUUGACCUGACUUGUCAGUUUGUAGAUGAACAACUGAUAAUAAGCUUCUGAAUGGUGCUAAUCGGAGUUUAGGAAUUCUCUAUAAAAACACGAUUGCCCUUCCUCCCCAGGUGAUGUAGAAUAUUUAAACCAUAGUUAGACUGUUAGUGGAUAGUGGUGUCCUCAAAAUUUUACUUUGUAAUUCUUCAGAUUUGAUUAUUUUUUAUUGUCUAUAUGAAGAAAACCCUUCAGAUCUUUGAUAUAUCAUAUUAAUUGAAAGACAUUUUCCUAUUGUAUUCAUAAUGUAUUAAAAGUUGUCUGUGCUUAAUAAACGUCUUCUUUAAUUUGGUAGUUACAUCCUAAUUCUAAACAUGAGUGCCUUACUAAAAGGGCAUUCUUAGGGUUGUGAGGAUGGGCUAAUCAUUUGGUUUUAAUGGUGGCUGCAUGUAUUUUAGGCAGGAAUUUCACAUAUAUGCAUGUGUAUAUAAUAAGAAAUAAGCAUGUUUAUUGUGAGAAAAAAUUAGACCUUUAAGAACAUAAUAAUAGAAGACUAUUUUUAAUUUUUCUCUUAAAAAAUGCUGUCCAAAUUGUUAACUACCCAAAGAUGCCUGUCUUUGGGGAAGGAGGGCUGAGGAUGAAGGUAUGCUUAACUAUUUCAAUGUAAUCUUUUAUAUCACAGUAAUUACUCUGGAACUAAAGCAGAAAUUGUUAAUAAUAUUUAAUAUCUCAUGAUACUAGAGUCAAAAAUCAUCCUGAAGAAGUCUAGUCACAAAAACUGUACAGAUCUUUAGAAAUAAAAUUUGUCAUAAAAUGGUAAUGCUUUUAUGUUUGUAUUAAGUUAUAAAAUGUAUAUAAUUUAACAUUGUGUUAAUUUUUAUUUUAGAUUUUUUAAGGUAAAAACAACUGGAUUUAUGAUUAGUACAGAAUUAUGCAAAGAAUUGAAUGCUAGUUUAUUUUUGUGGUCUGUAGAGAUGCUCACAUCCCCUCCUAUGCUAAAGCCAGUUUUCUCCAGCCUCUUCUCUGCCAGCCUUGAAGUCCAUGUUCCUUGCCAGUCCAUCCUCAUCCCUCAUUCUGCAAAACCUUUCAGUGUCUGUUACAACUCACUCUGCAGGAAGCUGUUCUUCCCAAAAUCAACCUUAGUCUUCCAGUUACCAAAUUGUAUGUUUUUGCUCUCUGUCACCUCACCACCCCCCUUUCUCUCCAUUUCUAGCAUCUCUCCCAAAUCCAUUCCUCAAAGAUGAUAUCUUCUGCUGUGUCUGAGUGUAGUUCUGAACUCAUUUAAAACAGGUCGGUUGUACAUGCGCACUCUGCUGCUGUCCUCAGCUCUGGGCCAUUAGGCACUCCAUCUCCAGUGUCCUGCAUUACAUGUCUGAUCUAAAAUGCACGGCUUUCAGCCGCCUCCCUGCCAUCUCCACCUAAAUGAAGGACAUAUCAUCCUUGCCUUUUCUUCCUGGAGUAGUUUUGAUUAAUGGUGCCAUAAUGUCCAGGGAAAAAUUCAACUGCUCUCCCUGUCUCACACUGCCACUCUGAGACCAUCCAGAAGUUCUUUCUAUACUUGAUAACCCUCCUUCAGGGCUGGCCUCCUGUGAGGAAGGAGCUCCUCUGACUCUCCAGUCUUCAUCAUGGUGCUAACCUUUUCCUGUUUUCAUCAGGCCCUUCAUGGGGCUGACUAUUGCCCCACAUGUCUUGUGCCUAGACUCUUCCUGAGUGUCACAUGCUCAGUCCUCCACCUGUGUUCCCUUGUGAGCAUUAGACAUAAUCCUCUGUGCUCUGGGGUAUAUUUAAACAGUGGUAUGUUCUAAAGUUAGGACUGACUUGUAAAUCUGGAAUGUGUAUGAUGUUAGAUCCUUAGACAUGUAACCUUUAGAUGUUUGUUUCUUAUAUUCAGUAUCUUUCUUUUCCUGAGUUUCAGAGUCAUCAGUGUUUUAUUAUGACUUUGUCAUUAUACCAUAAGCUCAUAGAUGCAUAAUUCCAAAUGAGUUAAUUUUCAUACACCUUAAGCUCUCUUUCCUGCAAAAAUUAAAGUAAGACAAAAUACGGGAAUGCCGUGUAUGAGUUGAAUAAUCAUAUGCAACUAGAUAUACAGAAUGAGCAUAGUCACUCUUCAUUGGCACAUUGCUGCCCCUUUCUGUGUGUGUGUCUUUGUAGAUACACAGGAGUUAUGAAUUAAAAACCCAGCAACCUCCCACCCAACUUUCCUGAUAUGGUCACAGUUCUCUUAGAGGACACACGAAGGAUGUGGCUUCAGUUUGUCUGAAAUCUCAGGCCUUUGUUAUGUUGAUACUAACAUUAGCCUACAAGUGUAAUUAAAAAGAAAUACUUAACGAUUCAGGGCCGUAGCCCCUGUAUUCCUUCAGUCUCCUAGGCAUUGACUGACCUUAGCUGGGCAGCCUUUGUUAGGUUGUGUCUGUUUGCCUUGUCUUUUUUCUUUCUUUGUUUUCUUUGUUUGUUUGUGGCCUGUGCUUUUGUUCCCCUGCAAACUCAGUAGACAGUGGCGGUUGGAUGUCUUCUCUUAGUGCAUGUCUGACUCAGCAGAGCUCUGGUGCAAAGAGGACAGCUUCCUUUAGAUCAGUUUGGCCUCCUUCCCAGUUCUCUUUGCUUUGACCCUGUUUGACAAGGGUGAUUCAUCAGUGAUACUGGGGAAACUGCUCAGCCUGCUCACUGGGAUUCAGUACUGCAGAGUUGGGUGGAUCUCUUACUUUACUGGGAUUUAAGUAGGCUUGUGAACGUUCCCUGCUCUUACUGUGCUGGUCACAGCGUUACUUUCAGCGGAUAUGUGGUAUGCUGUUAGCAUUGUUACUGUCGUCUUCUCAUUGAGAACAUGUCAAGUUACUUUUUUGGCAGUGCUAAGCAAAUCUUAUUCUCUCAUCUAAACCCCUUUGCAUGCAGUGGUAUGUUUGUUAGGUUGGGUGACUAUGUCCACUGCACAGUAUACAUUGGUAGAGAUCAUUCAUUGUUCUUUUAUAUACUGUAUAACUUUCCAGAAGAGAUUUGGUAUUCUUGUGUAUGUCUCACAUCCUACCCAAAGCACACUGAGUCAUAAGAAAAACAUGAUGGUUGCUAAAACCUAAAGCUACUGUAGCAGAUGUAAUUCUGUAGGUCUUGAGUCGGUAUAGAAGGCACAGGCAGAAAUAAGUAUCAGUAAAUAGACUGUCAUCCACUUAAGCAUCCAAAGAAAAAGCUCUCUAGGAUUUAAAAAGAUAUGUGAAGAUAGCCACAACAGUUAACUGAAUUAGCAAACUUACCAUUGUUAACUUUCAGUUCUAGAAGAGUCUCAGUUGAGAGCAGAAAGUAUUUUCUGAUAUGUAGCCAACAAGUAUCUUGGUGAAACAAAAUGAAUAGCAUUUGACAUUCCUUGACUUCUCAGAAUCAAUAUAUGUCAGUGAUUAUCCCUGAGACUCUGAAAUAUGAAGUGUACAAGUCAUCAAUUCCAAUAAUGAAAUAUACUAAUCUACAGAAGUAUUGAGAACUGAAGGGGCAUGUACAGUGGAAGGCAUCAUUGCUAUAAUCCUGCAGAGUAGAAAAUAGUGUUCCUUAAUCUUGCCCUGUCUUAAGUGACAUCCAUGGAGUGGUGGCGAGGACACACUAUUUAUUCCUUCUGCUGCAUGCUUCCCUCACCUCGUCCCACUUUACCCUUGCCCUCUUCAUUCCUACCCCCUUCUCACCAGUGGAUAAGGAAAUGUGCAUUUAGAUUGCAUGCCUGAAGUAUUGAGGGUGGGGCUGGUGCCCUCAUCAGUAGAAUGAAGCCUUAAAGCUGACAGACUGCUGUGGGAAGAUGAUGGAACAUUAAGAUGGAGGGCAUGACACAAGCAUCAUCUAUGUUGCGUCUGACAGGGCAUGGGACAACUCCAUUAACUCCACUAAUUAACACAAGCCAAAGAAAGUCAUGGCUGGAGUGUAUUAAGAAGGAAACAUGCUAUAAAACCAAGGUGUGCCAUGGUGGUGCCAGUCUGUGGAUGUGAUGCACAGUGUGACUUAAUGCCCUUGCAGUAGUUUAAAGCAAGCCUGAGACUUGAGAAUAAACGCUAGUCUGUGCACUUCAGGACACAGCAGAACCUGUGCUCAGACAUGAAAAUCAAGAGCACAGGAAAGCCAGUGCCGAAACUAAAUAUUAUGAAAGCUAGUGAGUAAAUAUUUCAAAGAAUGGAGAUUAUUUUGGGGAGAGCUCUUUAUGAGGCAAGAUACAGUAUGUAAUUCCUAUAUGUCAUGAUACAGGAAUUCUAAACAUAUGGCUAAAAAUAGUUACUGUCAGGCAACUAGAGCAGAGCUGUGAAGGGUUUGAAAUAGGACAUGUAGAAUACCAUUUCUGAUGGGGGCCAUGUGCUGUAAGGCUAGUUCCCAGCAAUCUUGAGGCGGAGUCCUUAGAGGCACCAGAUAGUUUGGCCUCUGGAGAAUGAAGAUGCCUGUCCUCUGAAGCCUCAAACCUGUGUGCUUUCUUUUCCUGACUGACUUAGUUGAUAAGAUGGAGCACAAACCAUUCUUAUGGUUAUUUUUUCUCUGAAGAAUGUGUCUUCAUCUUAGCUCAGGUGGUAGUCUUCAGCCAGUCAAGUCUCUCUGAGUAUUACAUGAGAGUAGACAUAGUUCUCCAAAAAUGUGAGAGGAUCCAAAUAUUACUCAGAUGGUUUUGAACCAGCAUAGAUUUUGGGAGCUGAUUGCUCACCUCAUACUCUGAAGAGAAGCUUAAUUUUCUAAAUCGGCACAUAGAAGUAUUUGUUGACAAUAUUUUUGUAAGGGCAUUUUUUGGGGGGAGGGGAAUAAAUGCUAAACCUUCUGUUUCCCAAAGUAUUACCAUAAAACUGUCUAUAAAAUGUAAAACAAUGUCAUAGUGUCCUCACCACCUGGGCCUUAGUUACACUUGCUUUGUCAAAUGCCCAUCCAUCUGUCCAGCCAUCCAGAUGAUUUUUUGAGGCAUCUAAAAUUGCAAACCUCUAUAUGCUUCCAGCUCAAUACUUCAGCAUACCUCUCACAAGCAAGGGUUCCAGACUUGCUUAUAGCUUUCUUUUGGUAUAAAAUUUACAUGCACAGAACAUUCACAUGCACUGUAUUUUCAUAAAUACACGGAGUACUAUGUAGAAGAAAACUUGCCAUUCUAGAAAGCUCUCAAAUGGCCCUUUUCCUCAAUCACUGACCCCUACAUGACAAGUGCUGCUCUUUUUCCUACUUCAAGUUAGACUGUUCUGUCUUAGAACUUAUCUAAAGUUCACACACCAAGUGCCCUCUUUGACAAGGCUUCUUCACUACCAUAAUAUUUGGGAGAUCUAUCCGUGGAGUUGGUCUCUUACUAAUUCAUCCCUAUUUUAUUGCUGAGUAUUGUAUCCCCAUUUAUAUUACCACUUUUUUUUUCCAGUUUCUUAUUGGCUAACUGGGCUGUUUGCAGGAGCAGCAGUUAUGAACAAAUCUAUAGUGAUCAUUCUUACGUACAUCUGUGUGAAUAUAGUCUUUUGUCUGCUCAUGGGUAAAUACUUAAAAUUGCUGCCUCCUAGGGGUGGGCUUUAAAAAGAAACUACCAUUCUUUUCCCCAGUGUGAUUGUCCUGUACUCUGAUUUCUAUAUUUGGAGUGUGUAAAGAGGUGUAAACUGUUUUUCUGAUUCCCAUAUUUAAAUAGUAAGAGAAGUUGGGGUAGAAAUGGUAGCACUCAUGUUUGAAUGUGGUAGUUGGCAUUUCAGGGAAGUAAAGAAGCCUGUCUGCCACAAGACAGCUCCCCGAGAGGUUCCUAAGACGUGAAAUCUUUGAAUUAGCUCCACUCUGUGAAAGGUUCCACUCUAAGCAUGCUAGUUUAGUAGCUAGAAGAAAUGGCACUAACUCAGUCAUGUGACAUUUCCCACCCACUUUCGGUAAGGAAAGUCAGAACACCUUGUGAGGGAAGUGGGGGGAUCAGAAAGAAGCGGGAAGAUAUACAAGAGCCAGUUCCUGGUGCCACAGCUUGAAAAAGACACCUGUUUGCACAAGUGCCCAGUGGUUGUCAGCAAAGCAGAAAAGAGACAGCAAGAACUACCUCACAGUUUUACACAGCGGGUCGGUAUGGUUUUGUAGACUUUCAACCUAUGAAGGACAUCGUUUCCAUCUUUUCAGGCCAGCUUUUUUGUUUCAUACUUGGGUGAGUUUUUCCUACUGUGUACUGUCCUUAUCUUCUGUUCCAUUACACAGAGUAUUCACCUGUGAAAUUAUGAUCAUACAUAUGUUUCCAGUACUCAUGUUCAAAUAUACCAGUGUGUGAUUUAUCUAGCCUUUCCUAUAGGAUUUUUAAGGGCUGGGAAAUGUGGCUUCUAUUGUAUAUCCUUAUAAUGUGCCCAAAUUGUAAAUAUGCAAUAAAAACCAUAAAAGUACAAUGGCAGCAGAUUUUGAUAUGUAUUUCUUUGCUAUAUUGUUAUUGGACAAGUUUGAUUUCUGUAAAUAAAGGUUGUUCAUAAAAUCUA